ACGCGUCACACACGGGACGCAACCACACCGGUGGUGAUCGGGUUUCCGGUUUUCCUCUUUUCCCGUGAAAAGACAAAGGUCUUCGUGGCAAUAAAGAAAACAUUUACAACCUGAAAUGACAUAGCGUGACCCACGACUCGUUUCCCGGUAGCUAUUAGCCCUUCGUUUUAACCGGGAAGGAAAUCGGUGUACGUUGCGGUGGCAGUGUACGAGUGGAUCACGCCGAGCGGAGCAGCAGCCAGUGUUAGCAGAGUCAAAAUGGCGUCUGUUCGCCCACUCAACGGCCGUUUAAUCCAUCUGUGAUUAUCCCCGAUAGCUAGAUUCAGCGAUCGGUGACUAGUUUCGUAGUGUUUCGUUUUUAGACACUGAUACAGUCGGGGCACAUUUUAGCGUCAUGUCGGACUCGGAGGAGGACAGCCAGGACAGGCAGCUUAAAAUUGUAGUGAUUGGAGACGGUGCGUGUGGGAAGACAUCACUCGCCACCAGAUUUGCACAGGAGGCCUUUGGGAAGCAGUACAAACAAACCAUCGGCCUGGAUUUCUUUCUGAAGAGAAUAAGCCUACCAGGCAACUUGAACGUGACCCUGCAGGUGUGGGACAUUGGAGGCCAAACGUUAGGAGGGAAAAUGCUGGAUAAAUAUGUUUACGGAGCCCAUGGUGUUCUCCUGGUGUAUGACAUUACCAACUACCAGAGCUUUGAGAAUCUGGAGGAUUGGUUCAGCAUGGUGAAGAAGGCCAACGAGGAAUCGAAUAUCCAGCCCGUUGUCUCCUUGGUCGGGAACAAAAUCGACCUGGAGCACAUGAGGACAGUGAAGGCUGACAAACACCAGCGCUUCUGCCUCGAGAACAGCCUUGUCAGUCAGUUUGUAUCAGCCAAAACAGGGGACUCGGUACACCUUUGUUUCCAGAGGGUGGCUGCUGAAAUUCUUGGUGUAAAGCUAAACAAAGCAGAAAUAGAGCAGUCCCAGCGUGUGGUGAAGGCCGACAUUGUGAACUACAGUCAGGACACUGUGGCCAGGACAGUCAACCCUCCCCGCAGCUCCAUGUGUGUGGUGCAGUGACCCCCUCCAACCAACACACACACACACACACACACACACACACACACACACACACACACACACACACACACAGACUUAAAGAUGUAGAAUUAUCUUCAGUCAGUAUUCCUCAUUUCAGGGUUUUUUUUGGGUUGACUGGAUGAGAUGUGUUCAGAGUGUGUUCUCUGUAUUCCUGUGUGCCAGUUGUAUGGGCGAGAUGAAGAACAGACUGUGCGGUUUCAAGGCCUUGGCCUGUUGUUCGGACAUUUAGCAGGAAUGAUUUCUAGGGCGGUUCACCAAAAAGGAAACUGGACCUCAGUUUAUUCAAGUUUACACGCAGCUGUCAUUUUAUUUCUAUGGCUCAUUUUUAAUAUAUAUAUAAAAAGACUCUUUAAGCAAUCACUUGAUUUAUGUGUUAGUAUGGUUUAAAAGGGGAAGACUACUAUAAUCAGUCAUUCUGGUAAUUGAAAAUAUUUUUAUAUAUACAUUAUCUUCCUCUGUUAUUGCUAUUAGCAACGUUUGCUUUAAAGAUCAGAUAAGCCGCAGUAUAUUUCUGAAGACAACACCAUCAACACUUGUUGUCUCUGUCCUUACAAAAGCAAAGUGGAUUCACAGUAAGAAUUAAUGGGACGUGGACAGGGAGGUGAAAGCAAAUACUCUCUGAUGAAUAUAUUAGAAAUUGUUUUAUGUCUGUGGUGCUCCUCAGUUGAACAGAAAAGGAAAUAGGUGUUAAAAUGCUGUAGUGGACUGAAAUGAAUCUGUUUUCAAUUUGCCAAUUAGGGGCUUGCACUAGCAGUGCGGUGAUGUGAACUGUGUACUGUUAUUUUACAUAGAAAUAUUUCAAUUUUCCAAUCUUAAAUCAAUAUUUCAUAUUCUUUAUUCCUCAGAUUAUGUCCAAAUCAGUUGCAUUUCUCAAAUAGUAUUUGCGUUCUCUAGAUGUUUCCUGUAAUAAUUUAGCGUUACAUGUUCACCCAGUGUGACAUUGCCGGGGUCGUCCUGAACAGUUCAGACGCUGUGCUGAUAGUGUUGAAAGCGUUGAUAAAGCUAGACGAAUGUGACUCAGGAAGCACCUGAGUGUUGAGCUAAGCUGAAAUGUACAACAUUUUAGUAGAGGUCUCUACAUAGCCUUAUUCAACUGUCCGUUAUAGAACAGAAGUUUGCAUUGAAGAAAGGCUAUGACGCAUUAAAUGUUUCAUAGCAUCUUCAUUUUAUCUACAUUAGCCUGUUUUUCAGUUUGUGCAUUAGUUAGAGACGACAGAUAUUGUAAGUUCAACCUGUUUUGUCAAAGUAGUUUCCACAGGAUAGUACAUGUCGGCAUGAUGGGAUUUAAUGUGGUGUCCUCCUAUCGAUUUAUCUGCCAUAUGUGUAAAAUAUGUGUUUGUACAAUAAAAGCAAUCUCCGCUUCAUUUCAAAGCUGCUUUCAUUGAUUGAAAAUCUGAACACAUCUUGUAAAUUCUGAUCAUGUAAACAACAUGUACGCUUCAAAAAGAAUAUAUGAAUGUACAGUCUAAAGUGAUGUUUAGUUGACGUUAUACAGCAACACAGGUUUGUGUUUCUAAAUAAAAAUGCUUCAUGGAAAACACAA